UUGAGCCACACUGUGAGAGUGUGAGUUUCGCACUGUGCAGUAAGUGUAAUAUACGUGUUCAGGUGUUUUGGUGUUUGGUGAUUGGACAGUGAGGAGUGAUGGCGCGGUCCUGUACCAGCGGACGCUACUGGGACGGCCUGGUCAAACAGUGCAUGUCCUGUCAAAUGAUGUGUGACAAACCAGAACCUCAUGCUCGCUGUACGGACUUCUGUGUGGCCUAUGGCUGUAAGGCUGUAUCUGGCCAGUUCUAUGACCAGCUGCUGAAGAAGUGCUUGAAAUGUUCGGAGCUGUGUGGCCACCACCCGUCAGAGUGCUCGCGAGAGUGCCCAACGACCACCAGGCCUACAGGAGUCUCUGCACUGCAGCCGCUGAACACUAGAGGGAGCCACGAGAUCAGAGGCGCGAUCUACUCAGAGGCGCUGGUGUACUCUCUGCUGGGCCUGUGCCUCGCCAUGCUGCUCAGCACCAUGAUCGUGGCCCUGCUGGUGCUGCUGAAGAGGGCCCAAGUGCAGAAGGAGCGCGGAGAGAAGAAGCCGCAGCAGCCGGACGGACACAGGCAGACCUCCAAAGACUGUCUGAUGGCAGAGGCCGUCACUCAGGAGGCCAAUGGGGUGGUCCCAGACAGACCCCGGGCUACAGAAACCUGUGUGCACUGCUUCGCCGAGCAGACGGAGGCGCUGCACGCGCUCUACCAGCAGGCCGUCCCGCAGUGCCUAAACGGAGACCCCCAGCGCCGCCACCACUACACCAACGGCGUGGCUCACGGUCACGCCAGCAGGACCAUGUGUGAGCGGGACGACGCUCUGAGGAUCAUCUGCUCACCCACCCAGACCAGCAUCUGA